UUGAAAAGCUUUGUUAUAUCUUUUGAGAUGUUUUUGUAUUGUUUCUUUUAUCUGCAAUUCUACAACUUCUUAAAUUUCCAAAUUUUAGUUUAUCAUGUUGAAAAAUAAAACUGCACCAGUUAAUAUUUAUUGGGAGAAUGCUCCACUGGAGGAUGAGCAGAUAAAAGAUGUUUUAAGACCUGGUGUGUAUAACGAACCUGGUAAAAUUAUCAAUGCUUCUUCUGUCAAAGCUGUAGCUAAACCUUGGUUACAAAAUAAAAAGACAACAGACAGACAUAAAUUUAGAAAAAAUGAACAAGAAAAAAAGAUUGUGUCAAAGCAACAAACUGGGCAAAUCUGUUCUGCUACUCUACGUGAUCUUAGAAAGGAAGAUAAACAAAAAGUUGCCAAUCUGAUCAAAGAGCUUGCAAGAUAUGGUGAAGAAAAAGAAAAUGCUAUUAAGCAACUAAAUUUUUUAUCAUCUGACUUUGAGGCAAAAUUAAGUCACUUAGAAGAAGAAAAACAAUGUAUUAUCAGAGAAAAAGACAUGCUGAAAGAAAAACUUUUGAAAACUGAAAUUGAAUUUCAAGAACGUAAAAAACAAAGUGAGAUAGCUUCCCCAGACUCAAAGCAUUUGAAAAAUUCACCUGGAAAUAUAAGAACAUUGCAUUUGCAGCAUACUGUUCAAAAAUUGAAUUCCCAAGGAAAUACCGACAAGUUUCCUGACGUGUUUUAUGAGCAACAGCUGAAGUUUGAGCAGCAACAAGAGAUUUUGCAGCAACAAAUUGAGCAAUUGCAGAAACUGCAGGAGUCUUUAAUGUUGCAACAAGCUAAAAAGCCUAUUAAAAAGCCAUCAAGUAGCCAAGAGUCUUUUCUUGAAGAGAGUAGCAUACAUGUGUCAAAUGAACAAAGAGGAGAGAAUUCUCUUCGUUUAGAAAAAUAUAUUUUACAAGAUAAAAGUCAGGACUGCUUACUCAGUUUGAAGAAAGAGAAAUCAAAUAUUUUAUCACAAGAUGCUCUUAUUCAGAAUACUACCUUAACAGAAUUACCAAUAUCUGCAAGUGAACCUAAAAAGGUUGAUAUGUGUAUGCAGACAGAAAGUUCUCCCAGGAAAAGCCCUGACAACAGAUUAGAACAAUGCGAAAAAAGCAUAAGCCUUAUAGAACAAUCUCUACAAUUUUUUACCUCCAAAGAUUCUUCACGAAGAGACACAGCUCCUAUAAAAUAUUUAUCAUCACCAUAUUCCAAUGCAAAAUCUCUACAAAAGACUCAUAAAGCAAGGCACAGUCCAAAGAAUCAAGAUAAAAGAAAAGCUCAGUAUUGUAAGCAAAGUAAUUCUAAGGAUCUUUUAACCUCACUGAUACAUUUAUCAUCAGAAAGUGACGAAAGCGAUGCUGAGGAAUGCUCCACUUUGUUAACUGAACCAAAAUAUGAUAAUUUAGAUUCAGCUGUCAAACGAAAACAUUUUAAACCAUCUUCUAUGGUGCAACUAGCAGAGGGAUUACAACCUCGCUCAACAAGUACAUCUAUUGAUCAACACAGUCUUCAAAAUAGCAAGAAUGUCAAUGUAAGUAAAACGGAAAUUGAUUUUAAAAGAAUUGAAAAUAAAAAGUUUGCAAACACUUAUGCAAAACAGACCUUCAAAGGCAGUGAAAGUCAUAUUGAUGAUAACUUUGAGGAACAAACAAUACUGGAUGAUAUUUUCUUUAAUAAUUAGUAAAAUUUUUAGGCUUGUCUAUAUAUUUUAAUUUUGUGGAUUAUUUUCAUGUCUGCAUUUCCUUCUUAACUUAACUUUUAAAUUAAAAAAUGCCAGCUUAAAAUAAAUAUGCCAGCUAACAGUUUUUGUGAUUGCAUGUCGCUUUUCAUAUUUUUGAAUCAAACGUUGCAAUAUCAGGUUUUUGCUUUUUAAACUAAAAAAAAAAAAAAAAAUGGUAAGAUAUUUAUAUUUUUAGCAACCUUAAACUGAUAGACAAUAACCAAUCUGAAAAUGUUUGUCACUUUUUAUUUUGAAAUAAUUCCUUAUAAGAAGUUCAUGUCCUUUAUGUAUUUACACUAUGAUCAAUAUAUUAUUAUAAUUGUGGAAUACUUAGUUGAUAAGGUGGAGUUCUCUCUAUAUAUAAAUAUAUAACAUUCAUACAACUUUCUCAUUAGCAUAAAGUUUUUAGCAUUGUGUAGACUGUUUAGUGGCUGGAAGUUUUCAUAGUACAUAAAGUUUUGCCAACCCAAAACGUUGUACAGAGCAUAAAUAAAAAGAGAUAAAAAGGAACGAAAUAUCAAAGAACAUCUAUAUUUGUCUCUUUUUAAAAGAAAAUUUAUGUGGUAUGCCAGAUUGUCUAUUUUUCUUAUUUUUGUGAAAACCAAAACAAAAACGAUAAUGUGGUUAACAAAUGAUUGAAAUUAGGGCUAAGCAUAUAAACGAGGCUCAAAUAAGAAAAAAAUAGGAUAUUAAGGCUGAAAUAAAGAUAUAAAGUGUUCAAGAUGUAGCAGCCCAAAAAAACUUUGUUGGUCAAUCUAGAAAUCUUUUAACAUUUAAAUUUCAUUUAGUGUGUUAUUUUGUGUACAAAGAUGUAUAAAUUUUUACAAAUAGUUUAUUUUUUGUGUAUUGUAUUCUAAUAUUCUAAUAAUGAUUGUUCGUCUUGAGAGUUCUUUGCAAUGAACAGGAGUUAGGAAAUCAUUGUUCUCCUGUGUGAGUAUCUCUAUACACAUAUUUUUUUACCCAUUGUAGGUUUUUGAUGGUAAUAUUUUUGUCUUAUAGUCUGUAUUAGGAAAUUUUUUUUAAAAGCAGUUGAUAUUAAUCAUGUUUUCAUGAUAAAUACCUUACAGCUAGAAACUACUCAAGAUGAACCAACUGACAUUGUUUGUUUGUUUAACUUUUCUGUCAAUCAUGCUCUGCUCUUCUUGGAAGCAAUCUUCAGAAUUAACACUACUCAACGUUGAUGUAACAAUAUAUAACCAA